UUUUAUGUGGAAAUCCAUAUUAUAUGAAGUCGGCAGCUUAUAUAAUGAAUGUAGCUUUAACUAACCAGAAUUAACUGAAAUAAUUCGUAGUUGAAUGAGAGUAAACAGCUUCUGGGACUUCCUCGUAGUUUAGAGAGAUUCCAGAAGUUGAAAAAGAUUACUUUGGAUGGAAAAAUUAAACCCUGAUUAUUCUUCGGGUAAUGAAGCCAAUGGUAGAUGGUUGUUUGUUUGGAUUUAUAUUUUAUUAUAAGCACUUUCAAUUCAACUUCUUUGGAAUAGUUUUUAGUUGUAAGCAUUACUAAGGGUUUUCUAUGAAUUUAAUUUUGCUUAUUACCUACGUCGGAGUCUAAUUCAAGUUGUGACUUACUGGGAAGAAAAGUGACUUAUUGCGGGGUAGUCCAAUCAAGCUGUGCUUCAUCGGACAGUUAGUUGACACCCUUAUUAUUCAAUUUAAUAUAAGAGAAAGGAGAGGCCAAUAUAUUUUAUAAACUAGAUGGGAGGUUAAUACAAUAUCGGUAAAACUUCAUGGGAGGAGAUGAGUGCAAUUCCCCUUCAAUAUUCUAUAAUAAGAUUGAUGUGUUAUUACAUAUACAUAUUGAGAAUUAUCUAUGAAAGUUUUAUGAUAGAGUAUUUUAUUACAUUCGAUAUGUAAUUUGUGGAGCGGGUGUACCUUGUACGUAUGGUUGGAAAUGAGGAUGUUCAGGGGUGAACCUUGGAGAGAAGUAAUUUAUUUUUUCAAUUUGUCAUUUGGGUUAUAUUUGAAUGUCUUCUGUUAAACCUAUACCCCUGUUCGAGUCUCUUCUAAUAGGAUGGGUAUGGGUCUUAAAUCUAACCAAGUUAAUAUAUCACUGAACAAUGAUUUCGUGAGUUAUUAAGUUGGAAUAACUUCUGGUCAUCGCAGCUGUGCUGUCGGUGCCACUCGAAGGAGGCAGGAUGUCUUUAGUAGGUGAAAAGACGAGACAAUAAAAAGUAAAUAUAGUUGUAAUUACAUUGAUAUUCAAUAUUUUAAGGUCAAGAGGGGCCUUCCAUAUACGCAGGACAAUUCAUUCAACUUGCUUGCCAAGGCAUCCGCCACACGAUUUUAAUCCGACUAAUAGGGAAGUAGUUCACAUUCAAAGUCCAAAGCCAAACAAUCUUGAAUAGAAAGAAUUAAAUUAGGAUGCUACGGACUUCCCCAUUGUACCAGCAGCUCAACAACCUCUUUAGUGUUUGAGUUACAACUUACAAGCUACAUCACGAAUACCCAGCUCCAAGCAUGCGUCAAACCCUCAUGCACAGCCAGCAGCUCUGCCUUGAAUGCACAGGCUGCACCAUACGAACAUGAGAAACCAGACAUUAGACAUCCAACGACCAGCAGCAUCUUGAACCACGCCACCUUCACCCAUUUAAUAUAUGCCCUCAACCCAGCUCCCAUCAGUGUUCAAUUGAACUGGUGCGUUGCCUGCAGGAGCGAUUGUAAAACCAUGGUUCGCAACUUGGUAUCAUCUUCCCCCACCGAUUGAACUCAUUCACAGCGAUGUGUACCUGUAGUAAAACUAUCUGAACAGGCCAAGCUUGGGGAUCAAACACAUAUCUGUAUCACUAUUUUCAAAUGCACUAGAAAACGGCCGCGGAAAGCUCCUGUUGCCGGACACUGAAGAAGAUGAAAGAACCAAUUGCUGAAUUGCAUAGAGCCAGGAAGAACUGAAAGCAAAGGUACAGUACAAAAUGGUCCCAAACGUUCGCAUAACCAUUGUUCCUGAAUAUAUUUAAAAAAGAAAUUUAACCAAACCUUACUUUUUUAAACAAAAAAAAUGUAAAGCGUUACUAGUUAUGAAAUGAUGGAUUACUUAAUUAUCUUUUAGUUCAAAAAAAAAAGGUGUUGAGGUCACUUCCGGUUUAUCUUUUUUUUUAAGAACUCCGGUUUAUCUUUUACUCUUGGAAAUAUAAUAUUUUCAAGAGUUUUGGUGGGGUGAAGAUAGAUAAUACCGUGAAGUGGACUUUGAAAAAUAAAGCGGAUUAAUGUACUUCAAGAACAAACGUCUAACUGAUUAGAUAUAAAUAAAUCUUUGAAGGUUUUUUUUGAAGCUAAAUCUUUGAAGUUCAUACCAAGAAAAUAGUCUUUGAAGUCAAUUAUAACUAGGAGAAGAAGAUAAUUAUCUUAAUGCGGAGUUCUUUUUUUGAAAGUACAAAGUCAAUUAAAAAUCCGGCGUUGCAUAAAAAAUAUUUACUAUUAUAUAUCAAAUUAUAAUAGUAGUUUUAAAAAGUUAAAAAGAGAUUUUUAAAAGAAAGAGAAGGUAUCACAUUUUAUUAUUUUUAUUUAUUUAAAAUUUAACGCAAUUAAGUUAUUAUCCAGAAAAACUUGAAAAUUCGUCUUACAGAUGAUUUAUGAUAAUUAAGAUAACAAAUUUGUGGAUCUUGAAUUUAACAGAUGAUAUACAUAUCUUUGAGCACACACAAAAAAAAAAAAAAAAAAAAAACCUCUAUAUAUUCCCUUGAAUCCCUUUGAUGUUAAAUUGAUAUCUACCGUGACUGACAUAGUAAGAGUAAAAAAGGCAGUCAUGGAAACUGAAAUUGUUACACAUAAUGAUGAGGAGCAAAAGAGAAGAAAUUUGGAUGAAAAAGAAAAGGAUAUCAAUGACUGGCUUCCCAUCUCUAAAUCCAGGAAUGCAAAGUGGUGGUAUUCUGCUUUUCACAAUGUCACUGCCGUCGUUGGAGCUGGAGUCUUGGGUUUCCCCUACGCCAUGUCUGAGCUUGGAUGGGGUCCAGGAGUGGUAAUUUUGGUCCUUUCAUGGGUUUGCACUCUAUACACUUCAUGGCAAAUGAUUGAAAUGCAUGAGCCAGAGCCAGGGAAGGGAAAGAGGCUUGACAGGUACCAUGAACUAGGGCAGCAUGUAUUUGGGGAAAAGUGGGGGUUGAGGAUUGUGGUGCCUCAACAACUGAUGGUGGAGGUGGGUCUUGGCAUAGUUUACAUGAUCACUGGUGGAAAAUCCCUCAAGAGGGCUUAUGAGAUUCUAUGUAUUGACUGUAAGCCCAUCAAGACCACUUACUUCAUCAUGAUGUUCUCUUCUGUUCAUUAUGUUCUCUCCCAUCUCCCAAGUUUCAACUCCAUCUCCGGUGUUUCCUUUGCUGCCGCUCUCAUGUCCCUAAGUUACUCCGUGGUUGCAUGGGGGGCUUCAAUUCACAGGGGCGUUGUACCAAACGUGAGUUAUGGCGGAAGAUCUUCCACCACCGCCGGAAACGUGUUUGGCUUCUUUGGUGCUUUGGGGGACAUAGCUUUUGGGUAUGCUGGGCACAGCGUGAUUUUGGAAAUCCAAGCAACUUUGCCUUCUACACCUGAACAGCCUUCCAAAAAAGCAAUGUGGAGAGGCACCUGGGUUGCUUAUCUCAUAGUGGCUGCGUGCUAUUUUCCUAUUGCAAUCUUAGGUUACCGGUCUUUUGGAAACUCUGUUGAGGACAACAUCCUUAUGUCACUUGAACAACCUCGUUGGCUCAUUGCAGCUGCAAACAUUUUUGUUGUUGUUCAUGUACUUGGAAGUUAUCAGGUCUUUUCUGUUCCAGUGUUUGACAUGACAGAAUCAUUCAUGGUAAAAAAGUUGAAAUUCAAACCAACUUGGUACCUUCGAUUCAUCAGUCGUAACAUAUACGUUGCAUUCACGAUGAUCGUUGGAAUUUCAUUUCCUUUCUUUGGAGGGCUUCUCAGUUUCUUUGGUGGAUUUUUCUUUGCUCCUACCACAUACUUUCUUCCUUGCAUAAUGUGGCUUGUCCUCCACAAACCAAAGAGAUUUAGCUGGUCUUGGAUUUGUAAUUGGUUUUGCAUCCUAUUUGGAUUGGCAUUGAUGCUUUUAGCUCCUAUUGGCGGGUUGAGGCAGAUCAUCCUAGACUUUAAGACCUACAAGUUUUUCUCAUGAUCUCUUUAGCACAAUGGCGACUGUAGAAUCACUUUUUUCCCAACGACAUU